GCGGUAGCAAAAGAGAAAGUAAGGAGGAGGAUGCGGGCGGCGCGCGGCCGGCGGCGCGGGGCAGCGAGCGCCAGACCCAGCGGCGGCGGCGGCGCGGGACGCACCGGAGCGCGCCGCCACGCGCCGGGUGAUCUUGAGUUCUUCCUAAUUCGCUAGUCCUCAGCCUCCUCAUGCCUCCAUCUCCUUUAGACGACAGGGUAGUGGUGGCACUUUCGAGGCCAGUGAGACCUCAGGAUCUCAACCUUUGUUUAGACUCUAGCUGUCUUGAACCUGCCUCCUCUGUCAGCGAGAGCCACUCCAGUCUGCUCGGUGCAGCUGUCGUGUCCCUAAAGACUGCUAAUCUCACGUAUAUGCCCUCAUCUAACGGCUCUGCACGCUCCCUGAGUUGUGGAUGCAGCAGUGCCAGUUGCUGCACUGUGGCAACGUACGACAAGGACACUCAGGCCCAAACUCAAGCGAGCACCAGCAGCGCCGGAGCCCCCACAGCCUGCCCUGCCAACCAAAUGGUCAACAGCAAUGAGAACGCCGGCAGCUUGAGCCCCCUGGGUGGAGUGGGGAGCCCGGUCUCGGGUACCACCAAGCAGCUAGCUAGCAUCAAAAUCAUUUACCCCAACGAUCUGGCGAAGAAGAUGACCAAAUGCAGUAAGAGCCACCAACAGAACCAAGGGCCUGUCAUCAUUGACUGCAGGCCGUUCAUGGAGUAUAACAAAAGCCACAUUCAAGGGGCUGUCCACAUUAACUGUGCUGACAAGAUCAGCCGGAGAAGGCUCCAGCAGGGCAAGAUCACCGUCUUGGACUUGAUCUCCUGCCGGGAAGGCAAGGACUCUUUCAAGAGGAUCUUUUCCAAAGAAAUCAUAGUUUAUGAUGAGAAUACCAAUGAGCCAAGCAGAGUAAUGCCUUCCCAGCCACUCCACAUAGUGCUGGAGUCACUCAAGCGAGAAGGCAAGGAACCCCUAGUCCUAAAAGGAGGACUCAGCGGUUUCAGGCAGAACCACGAAAACCUCUGUGAUAACUCCCUUCAGCUGCAAGAGUGCCCAGAGGGGGGAGGAGGCAGCGGCGCGUCCGCGGUGCCCCCCACGCUACCUCAGUCCAUCCCCACCACACCGGACAUCGAGAACGCUGAGCUCACCCCCAUCCUGCCCUUCCUUUUCCUCGGAAAUGAGCACGAUGCUCAGGACUUGGAGAAAAUGCAGAGGAUGAACAUAGGCUAUGUAAUCAAUGUGACCACCCACCUGCCCCUGUACCACUAUGAGAAAGGCAUGUUCAACUACAAGCGGCUCCCGGCCACUGACAGCAACAAGCAGAAUCUCAGGCAGUAUUUUGAAGAGGCUUUUGAGUUCAUUGAGGAAGCCCAUCAGUGUGGAAAAGGUCUCCUCAUUCACUGCCAGGCCGGUGUGUCCCGAUCUGCCACCAUAGUUAUCGCAUACUUGAUGAAGCACACACGCAUGACCAUGACGGAUGCCUAUAAAUUUGUAAAAGGCAAGCGACCAAUCAUUUCCCCCAACCUUAACUUUAUGGGGCAGUUACUGGAGUUUGAGGAAGAUCUAAACAACGGCGUCACACCACGGAUCCUCACACCAAAGCUGAUCGGCGUAGAAACUGUUGUGUGACAGUGAAGUCAACGAAGGGGUUAGCGUAUUCUUCACCUGAUUUAGGGCAGUGAUGGGUGGGUUUUUCUUUUUAGCUUUGGGGGGGGGGGGGGUUGUGGCAGACUUUUUGCGAAUAAAAACCUUUUUUUGUGAGGAAAGGUUUUUAAAAGAGAUCCAAGAACUUGGCCAUGUUUGGGAUGUGGCUGUGGUUUCCUUCCCAGGCACUGGCAGAGCAGGGAGGCUUCGGAGCAAAAGGAGUACUUUUUAAAAUCAAAACAAGAAGAAGAAAUAUUGGGCUUUUUUGUUUUGUUUUUUCUUCCUCCUCCUCUCCAGCUACUCCUAGAGUUUAUGGCUAAGUAGUCUGUGCAGGUUCAUAGACUGAAGAAACCUAAGUUGAAGAUGAAAUACAAAAGGCCAAAACAAGCAGAAAAAACUCCCUGAAACAUGAGGGCCUUCAUUCUGCAAAUGCUUUGCUAAAGAUAACCUAGCAAAAUGCUCACUGAUGCAAAGGAGAUCAGAGCAGCUUAAAAAGUCUGCAAGGCACUUUUCACACUCCUGACUCAAACUAAAGAAAAAAAAAGUUUUUUUGGCGUGUUUCAUGUUCCAGUUCUAUUUUUCUAUUUUGGGGUGUAAGGUUUUAACAGUAAGGGACUUUGAUCAUUCUAUGCCAUAUGCCUUCACUGGCUUCUUGUGCAAUAAUAAUUUGGGGUUUGUUUUGAGUGUUCAAUCCAAUUAGAGUUGGCUGCUCACUAAUAAUUAGAUAAUAAUUUUUAAGGUCUAAUAGUGAAAUUGCAGCCGGCUUGGUUCAGAAGAGAUAAAUGAAAGCAAUUAUUUUGUUCCUUUAUAUGAUUUUGAUCCUGGUUACAGUGCCAUAAACCUUGUUACAUAUGUAUAUCAGAAUGUACAAAAAUUGAGAACAAGCAAAGUUUAUUUAAAAAUAUUUUUCGCACAAAAUAUUGGUGUGUUUCAGUUGUCUAUGUAAAAAGAAUUGAUUAUAAAAACAAAAAUCCUUUGGAAAAUGCGUGUCCUUUUAUUUCUUUAGUGAUUUUCCAUUUGCUUUCUGUGGGAUGGUGUGUUGGUUUUUUUUUUUUUCAGUGUACAUUGCUGGUAUCUUUUGUUUGACAUCUCCUUUUCAGUGUUUUAUUCCUGUCCUCCGCUGGUAGAAUGUGUUUUCUUUAUUUCUGUAUUUAUUUUUUGUUGUACUCUUGCAUCCCUUGCUUUCUGUAGCCAUGUUUUUCUCUCCUGGAAGUACAUCAAGCUUGGAGCUGUUCAGCUGAAUUGGCACAACUGGGGAGGGCUUUUGGGGACAGACCUACAGCUGAAUAGUCAUUUAGAAAAAUAAGAAAUAAACAUUUUUUAC